AAAACCCUCUUUUCAACUUAUCCGAUCCUCCAAUCGAAACUUCUUGCAGAGGAUUUUCAUCCGAACUGCUUCGCCGGAAGGAAAUGGGCAGCGAGAGGAACUCCAGAAAGCGGCGAUCUUCUCCUUCAACCUCGCUCGAAGAUGACGAGAAUAAGGUUAGGAAACUCAAGAAAAGAGACGAGAAACAGAAGAAAACAAGAAAAGAUGACGAUCAGGAGCGCAAAAAGAGGAAAAGAGACAAGAAAUCUGGCGAGCACUCGGAUUUCCGAGAACGAGAAGGAAAAGAAAAGAGGGAGAGGCAUAAACACAAAAAAAAGCGAGCAGUUAAGGAGGGGUUCAAGGAAAUUUCUGAUCAAGACUAUUUUUCCAAAAACAAUGAAUUCUCAACCUGGCUGAAAGAAAGAGGAAUAUAUUUCUCCGACCUCUCAUCCGAAGAAGCUCGUGAUCUUUUCUCGAGCUUCAUUAAGGCCUGGAACAAGCAGAAGCUGCAACCUUGGUACUAUGAUGGCAUUGCUAGCGCCCCAAGGACAGCCUAUGACUGGAAGAUUAAACAUGACAAAUGGAGGGAAUUACCUCUAGCAUUAGCCUGAUCGACGUAUGAACUCAUGCUGAAUGAAAGGAAGCUGUACUGAUUUCUAUGAAUGUAGGCUUGUAGAAACAGAAAGAGGAAACUUAGUGUUUCUGCUGACACAGUAAGAGAUAUCUGGAUGAAUGAAGAUGAAGGAGGUGAAGGAGCGCUGCUGUAUUUAUAGGUGAGUUUACUUUGAGGGAAAGGAUUCUGCUAACUGGGCGGUGUUUAACGCGUGGCGAUAUUUAUUUUUAAUUUUUUUUUAUAAUGGAUAAUGUGGAGAAAACGCGUCAUUUCUUUUACUCUAUUGUUGACACGUGGAUUCUGGAACGCAUUUACAGAUUUAUCCAUUAAUUUUAUAUUUGCAUAUGGUCAAAA